AGAAAACGAUCCAGUUCGUCGGCGGAUGUGAAGAAGGACGACGCGUACUGGGACAGGCGGCGGAAGAACAACGAGGCGGCCAAGCGGUCGCGGGACGCCAGGCGUCAGAAGGAGGAGGAGAUAGCCAUGAGGGCUGCGUUCUUAGAACAGGAGAACUUGAAGCUCAGGGCGCAGGUGGCGAUUUUGAAAAACGAGACGGCGAAGCUGCACUACAUGCUCUACAACAGAAUUUGA